AUGCCCCAUUUCAAUCAAGUUCUGGUUUCAUUUACUUUGCUUCUCUUUCUCCUACUCGUGUCUAUUCCUGCCUCGACUCCAACCAUCUCAGCAUCCAUCUGUCCCACUACAACACUAGCAACCUCAACACUUCCAAUGAAGCCCUACGAGCCAUCUGAAGCAGGCGUUCAGCCUACCACCACCCGAGCCUCAGAUCUCGCCGAGAUUGAUGGCCUGCGCAACCAGAUCUUUGGCAAUGCUAGCGCGCUCUUCCCCGAUAGAAGAGACGGUAUCGACAUUAUUGUCACCAGCGCCGAGUACCCCGAGAGCGGCUACUAUGGAGCUCGUCUGGUUGACAUCAACGAUCGCGUGCUGCUUCUCGGCAGACAGUAUGCCGCCUCUCUUCCUGAGGCGCUCGGUCAGCUUCUUCAGGAGACCUGCGAUGAGAUUCGCGACUCGUUCCUUCUCCAUGACUACACCGCACUCUCCCCUGGCCUGACCUAG